AUGACAAUGCAUGGUAAUUCUAUCUUGCUGAUUUUUCUUUCGAUAUUAAUAUCAAGCAACGGUCAAUAUCAUGAUGACGAACGAGAUCUUCCUCCAGCAACGUAUGCAGCUGAUCGAAGUUCUAAAUCAACAUUUGACACACAAUUUUCUCGUGGUCGUUGUCCUGAGCGAUUUUAUCAAUCAGGUGAAGAAUGUUUAUAUUUUGCUACUGAUGGUAAAAUCUAUAAUUGGCCUGAAGUCGAACGUGUUUGUUCACGACGUAUAGCUCGUAUGUUAAAUAAACAUUCAUCAUCUGAUAUGUAUCAACAAAAUCAAAAUAAACCACAUUUAAAUCAACCAAAUAUGACGCCAACAAAAGGUGUAAGACAACUUGUUUUAAAUACACCGGAGAAAACUGAAAUCUUUCGAGCACUUUUUCGAGAAUAUAAUGAACAAAAUUUUGCUAUUCGCCUUCCAUCUGAUUAUAAUACAUUACGACGAUGUCAUAAUAUAAAAGAUGAUAAAUGGCCACAAUAUUGUAUAAAUCCAAAAUAUUCAAAUGCAACAUGUUUUGAAACAGUGUCAAAUGGUCCAAAUGAUGUUUGUGUACGAGAAGUUGAGUGUAAACAACGAUAUUUACGAGUUGCUUGUGAAUUUACAUUACCUGGUAGUCCUGAAAUAACAAAUUCAAAAUUUCAAAAUUGUCCAAUAGUUCGUGGUCUUCGUCAUCGUUUACCAUUAUGGGCAUGGAUUUUAAUCGCAGUUGGUGUUGCAGUACUUUUAGCUAUCAUUGUUGCUGUUAUUGUUUUUGUCCUUAAAUCAAAACGAAAUCCUUCAGGUGGAAAAAGAUCGUUACCAGAACCACGUGCAAAAGAAUUCAAAGAUAUGGGACAGACAACAAAAACUAAAGAUCCAUCGACUCAACCAAUGCUUGAUCGACCUCCUGUACCAAAUCGUCCAACUGAUACAGGCUAUUUACAACCUCGAAAAUCAUUACCAGAUAAUAAUUCAAAUGCUUAA